AUCCUACAUAGGAGAUAAGUCUGCAGGUGUUUGCUUGGGCUUUUGAUCAAAAUAGUAGAUGCUAAUUAGUUUCAAGAGACUACUGGACAGUAGUACAGUGGAGCAUAUUUAUGUCCUGAGUCAUGGUUUACUAUUUUGCUAUUACAGCUUGGUUGUUUGGAUAGGGCAGGGGUGAAGAACCUUUGCAGCCCAAGAGCUGCAUUUCAUGGGACAUCUUCCAGAGAUCACAUGAUGGUUGAGGUCAGAGACAAAAGUGAGUGGGCAGUGGGGGUGAUUGACCUUUCUACAGCAGGCUACAUUCCAGCUGCACAAAACCUGGAGGUUUAGAACACAUCUCUCUCCAUUCAGGCAAGCAAGAGGCAGUAUCACAGUACAAAGACAUAUUCCAGCUAGACAAAAGCACUCAGGGAGCAGGGCCAGUGAGGGGGUCACCUGGAGAGGGCAAGAUAGAGAGGACUGGAGGUCUGUAUUUGCUCUCAUCCCAAUAUAGAAUAAUUGGAAGGGUUGUUACAUUUUUUUCCUUGCAGGGCUCCCAUGCCUUUAGCAGCUACUUAAGAGGCAGAAAUCAACACAGGCAGAAACCCCUGUUGUUGGAUCUCCAUUUAGGACACGCUUCACCUGCUGUUUUCUGUGAAAUGCGUGGGAGUCCUUCCAGAAGAAAAGGUGACAUCCAAAGAAAUGUUGACUGACAGCCAUACUGCUUGAAGGAGACUAAAAUCCAACAUAAGUAGACUUAGAAUUAGCCCAGAAUGAGAAAAGAAUCUUUGCCUCUGAUUGUGCCUCAGCCAGUCUUGGCUGUAAGCCCAAAGUGCAUUGUGUUGUGCACUUUGGUUCCUAUGGCGAUGUGAGGAAGUACUGCAUGUCAGCCAAUCCUACAGCAGUCUGGGCUUUCAUACAGCAGGUCUCUGGUGGCUUCCUCACAGGCAAAAAACCCCAAACGUUUCCUGAGGAAGAAGUCACUCCUGUUUCUAGGAGGCCUGUCUGUCUGAAGUGUGUAGUUGUAGCACUAUUAGCCGAGGAAAUUCUGCAACUGCUUCUACAAUGACUACAACUUACUCAAUACACACCCCACACAGUGUUAAACAAUGGCAUUUGGAAAGCUUGGGGCUCCUUGCAGAAGGUAGGGAGAGUCUAAAUCAAAAUCAGACUGCAGAAAUCUUGAAGACACGAUUCAGUACUUGGACACCUAUUGAAAAUAAAUCUCUUAACAAUCAGCUCUUUCAGGAAAGAGUCAGACUCAUAAGCCACUGGUUUGAUCUCUGGACGGACAAGCAGCGCAAGCAGUUUCUCCAUGGGAUAUUGAUCAAGUGCAAUAGGUCACAAAUGAAGUUUGCUGAAAGAUGGUUUAUAGAAAAUAUCCCCGUGACCAAAGUGGACUUCACCACUGUGCUGCCACGUUUCAUAUCUUUGUACAUAUUCUCUUUUCUCAAUGCCAAAGAUCUUUGUGCAUCAGCCCAAGUCAACUGGCACUGGAAGUUUUUAACUGAACAGGAUUGUCUGUGGAUGCCAAAAUGCAUUACGUUUGGAUGGUUUCUACCAUACCUUCCUGAAAAAAAUGAAUACAGUGCUUGGAAACAAUAUUAUAUAGCCUGUGCAACUGACCUGGGUUACUUGACUCCAAGGGAAGUUGCUGAAUCUCAUGGAACUCUCAUUGAACCUAAAAUGAAAAAUGAAGACCAAGAAGAAAGCCUACAUGAAAAAUGCUUGCAAAAAAUUAUGAGAGAGAGAUUGGCUCUACACAAAAAGGAACUAUUCAAAGCUCGUCCGCCUUGGAUAAGUGGAACACGGAGCUCAGGAUUUUACAGAUCUGGAUUUCAACCAAAUUUGUCUCAAACAAUCCAUGACCAGGCUAGAUCAGCAACAGCAUUGUUUCUAAUGAAGAAAAGAAUGCUUUCUCCAAGUGAAAAGCUUUUCAAACAGAUUUCUGAAGAAGCUAAACCUCUGCCAAGAGUUGGUCUGGAAGCUGGGAAGCUUCCAAAAAGACAUUGUUGGACUGUUUCUCGAAGGGAUGCUAACAGGAUGCAUGCUCUUCAGCCACACCUAGUCUUGAUAUCAUCCCACAUUCCUGCUUAUGAGAUGGUUGUGGACAGUGUUAAGCCUGGAGUGGUUCCUGUAGUGUAUGAUCAUAGUGGCACAACAUUGGAAAGCCUCCUUUAUUAUGUAGGAAAGGCUUUGGAUGGCCAAACAGCAAAGAGCAUUGGAAUUGUUAGUGAUGGAGACUCCAGAGGGAUUAACUUGCUUCAAGGCUGCAGAAUCAGUACCAAGAACCUUUGUAAACCGGAGGUGAGAGAAUUUUGGGAGAAGUUAAGCUGUGUAAUGCUUGAAGAGGAUGGUUGUAUAGAUGCCUUUGUUCCUCUGGCAGCUUCAGAAGCAGGCAUGGAGGUCCUUUCACAGCUGUCUCAUCUAACUGGAAUGCUCUUCAGAACUCCCACAGGAAUAGCAACUGGAUCAUAUCAGCACAUCCUCAGUGAGUGGUUUGGGAACCAGAAAGACAGUCCUGCUCCUCCAUCUCUCUACUUCACUGAGGUAAAACUGCAAUUAUGGCUCCGAUUCACAGAACUGCUGGAAGAUGUACUGAAGGCUGUCAGGAAAAAAUUGAGACCCUAUUUUUGUGAUUUGCAGAAGAAUAUGACUGGCAAGAUUUUUGGUCAGAUUAUGUUUGAUGCGAUGAGCUGGUCUGACGUUCAAGACAACCAAAGAAUAGCCCAGGUUUUGGUUGAAGGAUUAGCUGAAUUCUCAAGAGGAAAUUAUGAAAACCCUUAUGAGUUCCUCUCAUGCUUCCUGAUGAGGAAAUAUAAGAAAAACGAGGAGCUCAGAAGCCAGGUUUCAUUGACUGCAAGCAAUCCAGAAGCAAGCCUUGAUGUAUCAGUUAAGAGUGGCAAACUUUAUGAAGAGACAGUAGAGAAGCGCAAAAGAUUUGCCAGAGAGCUUCUCUUAAGUGAGAGCAACUAUUUGCACAUGCUGGAAAUUGUACAUGAUGUUUAUGUUAAGCCACUGAAGGCAGCAUUAGCCUCAAAUCGAGCCAUCCUAAGCCAUAUCAGUGUCCAGACCAUCUUCUCUGACAUCCUGAACAUCUUACAACUCAAUAGGUGGUUUUUAGAUGAGCUGACACAAAGACUUAAUGAAUGGAACCCAGCCCAAAAAUUAGGAGACUUGUUCAUUCAGUUUGGUCAGCAGCUUCAAACAUACACAAACUUCUUCAACAACUAUGCAGUAAUUCUGAAAACUAUAGACAAGUGCAGGGAGACACUUCCACUAUUUCGUGCUUUCUUGAAGAGACAUGACAAGACUAUUAUUACUACCAUGAGGAGCCUACAAGAACUUCUGUUGUGCCCUUCUAAGAGGAUUGAAGAGUACAUCAUGCUCCUGUAUGCUCUGAAGCUUCAUACUGCUCCAGAACACACUGACCGUGAAGAGUUGACUACGGCAAUUAAGCAAAUGAAACAAUACAAGGAUUACUUAGAUCAGUUAAAAUUGAAUGUUGGCAGAGAAGAUCAGAUAUUGACUACACAAAGACUCAUUCAAGGAAGUCCACAGUUACUGAAAGCCAACAGGUACCUCAUUAGGAUGCAAGAUGUAGCCCAGCUAAACUGCCUUUCGGAGAGAAUCAGCAUGCCAUUCAGACUUUUUGAACAUAUCCAUGAUCUUAGCCUUUUCCUUUUCAAUGAUAUACUUGUUAUCUCACGGCGCAAGAUCUCUUACAAGCCUUUUGAACGGAUCUCAAAUGUUACUUACCAGUUUUUGGCAAUGGUAACACUUCAUCAGCUCCUUGUUGAAGAUAUUCCAGAUUCCAAAUAUAUCAAGAAUGCUUUUCUUCUACAAGGAACCAGGUGUCAAAUGAUUUGUUCUACAGAAGACGACAACAAGCUUAUUUGGCUUUCUGCACUGCAUAGGGCAAUUAGCUGUAGUAUUGAAGAUAAUGUGAAGCGCUCUUAAAAUUUCCCAGAUUUACUUUUUUACUAUCUGUAUGGGCAGAUGUGAUACCAUUUAAUUAAGCCUUUGUUCAAAUCAACUUCCUAGGAACACAAUUAGUUUUCUGUACAUGGCACCAGAGAGCCUAAAAGCCUUACUACCAGAACUUGCUUAAUGUACAAGCUGCAAAAUUUGAGGUUUUCAAGCUUGUUUUUUAAAUGUUCUUCAACAGAAUAAGCUGUCUCCAAUGCUACCAUUGUACCAACAUCCAUAUCCUUGGUCCACUGCUGUGUAGGUGGUCUCAUCUCUUGCACUCUGACACAUUGGGGAUUUUCUCCAGCACUGUCACAAAGCAUUGAAUGUGGGGUGGAGAUGAAGAUCAAAGUGCCAUUACUUGAGCCUUACACUCCAUCAUAGCAGCUAUCAAGCUGGCUCCACACUGCAGGAAAAUCGAAGGGAGUCAGGCUUUACUUCUGGCUAUAAAAUUCUGUAUGACUUCUCAAAUUCUUGCUUGACAACUGAAUUACUGAAUCCAAACCCUUUUUCAAGAAGUUGACUAAGGCCACAUUACAUUUCAUGCAGCAGCACACCUGGUUUUCUACCAAGAUGGGAGAGGGCCAGCUACAGCUAAUGCCACCUGCCUGAUGCUUGCAUGUGUCAUGUAGCCCCCACAAGAAAAAGGGAACUGUUCAAUGUCUCCAACAGGCACAUGGAAACCCUGGUCUGUGGGCCUAAUUAGCCCUACCAUGGGUCCCAAUUUGGCCCAUUGGACAGUUUCUCCUACAUCAGAUGUCAAAGGAGAUGUUAAGUGGAGACACAGCUGCCAAUACACAAUCUGGAGCCUUGAAGUGCAUUGCAAGGGAGGCUUACCGAGCACAAGCCAACUGGGGGCAGCUGCUACUGAGUUCCUCAUGGGGAUCUCUGUAGCCAGCUGAUCCCAGCAGAAAGCAGAGGUUUUCCUCAUUGCUGAUCGAUGGUGACUUCAAACACUCUGGGAUCAGCUGUGCAGCCGCCCAUUGCAGAAAGCAGAGCUUGAAGUUUGCACUGAUCAGGAGUAAGUUCAAGCCCUGUUUGAACUUGAAUUUUCUUCUGUAGCAUGGCUUGAUGUAGAGAUGUGGUGUGGAAGAGUUCAAUGGAUGGAUCCAGUUCCCCACACCUGCUCUAUAAUAAAGUACAUUUACUGUGACUUAAUAUUCUCCCUUGCCAUACAGUAUAUAGAAAUAGUUGGUGUGUCAUUGAUAUCUAUUAAUGCAUACAGCUAUAAACCUUGAUUAUCACA